AUGGGAUCAGAGCGCGUCGAGGAGCAGUAUGGCAGCCCCCUCUGCAUGCAGCCAUGUGCUGUGGCAAACAUGAUCGCUCUAAGGGUUCACGUGUGGUCCUGUGCAAUGGCCUCCAUGGUCGCCAGUGGAACCCGAGAUGGGCCGUCUGUGGUCCUACAGGGGGUGGACCCAGAGACGUGUAUGAUUGUGUUCAAGAACCACUGGGCCCAGGUGGUGAAGAUCCUGGAGAAGCACGACCCGCUACGCACCAGCGCCCUGAGCGUCCUGAACCUGGGCUCGUCCUCCUCCGGCUCCCCCCGCUUCGGCAUCAUCCCGGGGGACGAGGCCAGCGCCGUGCAGAACUACGUGGAGCACAUGCUGUUCCUGCUGAUCGAGGAGGACUGCGGUCAGGCCGGAGCCAUGGGGCCCAUCCUGGAGUUCGUCAUCAUGGAGAACGUCAUGGAGCGCCUCUUCGUCUGGAGCCUGCGUCGCGAGUUCACGGACGACAUGAAGUUGGAGCAGUUGAAGAUGUACGAGAUGCUGGUGGGGCAAGCGCGGCAGCCGUUACUCCACCACAAGCCCAUCCUGCGCCCGCUCAUGAUGCUGCUGUCCUCGUGCUCGGGCGCCGCGGCCCCACAGGUGGAGGCCGAGCUGGUGCUGCUGCUGAACCAGUUGUGUUGCGUCCUGGCUAAAGACCCGUCUGUCCUGGAGUUGUUCUUUCACACCAGCGAGGAUCAGGGCGCCACAAACUUCCUGAUGUUCUCCCUGCUCAUCCCGUACAUUCACCGGGAGGGCACGGUGGGACAGCAGGCACGCGACGCACUCCUGCUCAUCAUGUCUCUGUCCGCGGAGAACCAGAGGGUGGCCAAGCACAUCGCCGAGAAUACCUUCUUCUGUCCGGUGCUGGCCACAGGUCUGAGUGGUUUGUACUCAUCGCUGCCCACCAAACUGGAGGUGCCCAGUGAGGAGUGGCACUGCCUGCACAGGGAGGACUGGCUCCAGAUGCCCGCUCUGGUCCAGUUCCUCAACUCUCUGGAAUUCUGCAACGCCGUCAUCCAGGUGGCCCAUGCGGAUAUCAGAGACCAGCUCGUCAGCUACAUCUAUAACGGCUUCCUCGUGCCUGUCCUCGCACCAGCACUGCACAAGAUGACGUUGGAGGAGGUGAUGACCACCACAGCGUACCUGGAGCUGUUCCUCAGGAGUGUGUCAGAACCAGCCCUGCUCCAGACCUUCCUGUCCUUCAUCCUGCUGCACCGCUAUGAGAACGUGCACAUUCUGGACACACUGGUCAGCCGCAUCAAUACGCCCUUCCAGCUGGGCACUGUGUCACUCGCACUUUUCCGCACCCUCAUUGGCCUUUACUGCGAAGACGUCAUGUUGCAGCUUGUGUUGAGGUACCUGAUCCCUUGUAAUCACAUGAUGUUGAGUCAGAGGCGUGUGGUGAGAGAGAGGGACUGCUACUCUGUGUCCGCGGCAAAGAUCUUAGCCCUGACGCCGUCCUGCUGCUCUCCGGAGCGCAGCCCGCCGCCUCUACGACAGCUGGAGUCCAUCCUGUUCUCUAAAGGCUCAGAUGCAACAGAUAAAACUGAGGGCUUCUUUGAUGACGACAGCUCGGGGAACUCAUGCACUAUCGGCUCUGAGAUCUACCUGGACGUGAGCUACCUCCACUACCUCUACGACGCACGUCUCAGCAUCAGCAGCUGCUUGCGCGCCUGCCAGGUAUGGUCUGCGCCUUACGACGGCCAAGACCCUCCUCCAGACAAGUUCCAGCCCGGAGUACUGGAGGAACCGCUACUCAAAGCCAGACAAAUUAACAUUAAGAAAAUCCAGCAACCGAUAGUGCCUCGGAAACCACCUCCAAUUAGUGACUCUACCGUGCAAGUUUUAGAGCUGGAAUGGGACGAUAGCUACGACGCGUGCCCGGUGCAAAGUCCCGGAGACAGUUUGGACGCUAAACCAGUCAUGCCGCAAGAGGAGGCGCCUAAACACAUCCAAGAAAUGCGCAAGACGGCGACAAUGCUAGUCAAAGAUGCGUACAUGGAAGAAUCUGAGUUCCAAGAUGAUGUUCUGGUCUACAAUCUUGUGGCAAAAAAGGACAGCCAAGAUGCAGAAAGAACUAAACGCAAACCAUCAGAAGAUUCAGAAGUGCUGGACGCAAAAAUGGAUUGUAACUCGAAUCUUCAAAAUUCUGAAAUGGCGGAAGAUCUCCUGACCCAGUACGAGGAGUUGAUCCGGACGUUGGACCCGGAGGCAAGGGGCCAGGCAGGAAGAGCGGAGGCAGAGGGGGGAGUGAAGGCAGCCGCCGUAGAGGAGGAAGAGGAGGAGAUGGAUUUCAGUUUUGCAGCAGAGACGCCCGAGUCGGACAAGCUGCAGGGGCCGUUCGGGCCGAAGCUGCGGAGCGGGAGUGCAAGUAAAAGUCAUUCUGCGCCUUUCACAGGGCCCUUCAUUAGCGUGCUCCUGUCCCGUCUGGAGAACAUGCUGUCCAACUCGGUGCAUGUCAACCUUCUGCUAACGGGGAUUGUGGCUCAGCUCGCAGCGUACCCUCAACCGCUGCUGCGCUCCUUCCUCCUCAACACCAACCUGGUGUUCCAGCCCACCGUGCGCUCACUCUACCAGGUUUUAGCGAUCGUGAAGAACCAGAUAGAGGAGCAGAACGCCUCCAAAAAGGACUUCAGUGAGAUGAUCACCACAGCUCAGCACUGGCUGCUGGCCCGCGAGACCACAUACAGAGCCUCAGAAAACUGCAAAAAUGGCGACAGCAGCUCCACUGCGCGUGAACCCGUCCCGCUGCUCCAGAACUCUCCUCCUCCCAAGCCUAAAGCCAUCUCCCUGGAUCGCACCGAGGUCUUCGCCACCGUCCUGUUCUCAGAGUUCCUCAAAGAGCUGGCGGCCAUCGCUCAGGAGCACUCCAUCCUGUCCUACAUUCCCAUGGAAGAGUGA